AUGGACUACUUUGGUGCAGGGCGCCGGCAGUCUGGUCACUCAUUCUAUGCAAAAUUGUUCAAUGGCUCACCGAAUUCUGGUGAGCUGGGCUCGGAGCAUUCACUGACACCCAUCAAUCCGGCUGCCAAACGCAAUCAUACUGUCUCCAGCUUCACAAGUGCCCAUGACCAGAAUUUUGAGUAUACGAAGCUUGAAUUCGCAAAUGAGUUGCCAUCAUCAAAGUCGAUACCGAGUUUCCAAGAAACACCGGAAAAGCCCAAGCAGGCGAUUCGAAAAGGGUUCUGGGCCAAUUCUUCGACACUUCUUCCACACCUUGCCACCAGCAUAGUCACCGCUGCGGUUGUGGGCUUGAAUUUCCGCAAUGUCUACUGGAUGGAUUUACUGGCUCCGAAUGUACAGAUCCUUCCUGGGAUCACUCAAGACGGCGCUUUGAAUGCACUUCAGUUGGCGGCUAAGCUACACGAACUGCUUCUCGUUGCUUCUCUGGGGACGAUCGUCUUGCAUGUCGCGCAUGCUCAUUUGACUGGGAAUCACGGGCUUCCAUUGGGACUUUUGACGAAUGCUUUCUCCAUCGGCUCGGGAGACUUCUUGCGUAGGAAGGCUUUCUGGACAUCUGCCUGGACCUCCAAUGCACACUACUGGCGCUUCUGGCUGCUAUCUCUUCUUGCCACAAUUCUGGCGACGCUUUCAGGACCUUCGUCUGCUAUUGCGAUCAUUCCUUCAUUGGAUUGGUUCCCUGUUCACAGGCCAUUCAAGAAUCAGGUCCUGCCUUACUACGUCUUUAAUGAAAGCACCGCUUUGUGGCCCGAAACUGUUACGGCUUCGAGUGUCAACAGUGCAGACUCAGGUGUUGACUGCCUGGAAGCUGCUUUGACUACGACGGUCGAGGAAAUUUGCCCUGCUGGCGAUUUCCGUGACUUGUAUAGUUGGGCGGGCAAUCUUCUCUUUGUCAAUUCUUCUACUGGUUCAAAUGCUUCUAUCCCUGACGCACGAGGUGAUACCCGUCGAGUCCUAUCAACUCGGUCUUGCCCGAGCGGGUUCGAUGGAAGAGCAUCCGGCAUGUCGCUCAAUACAUUUAUCACGAGCGCACUUACACAGUGGUGGCAAUUUGCCCAAGAUAAUUAUGAUGGCUUGGGACUUGAAGUUGCACGGCCACGGCUCACCUUGAAAAAUCAAAUAUAUGCACCUAGAGUCGAAGUCAUUUGCAAUGGAUUCCAAUAUUUCAAUACCACAGAACUUGAGGACCGGAAGCCUGUCAAAUUCCCGAGCUUGACACCAAACAGCACAUUUUCGAACAACGAAUUCCAGCUUCCCUACAAUGGAACAUACAAUGCAACGGAUGUUCAGUGGGUCAAAAUGCCCGAGGGCUCUGAGAGCCCGACUCUGGGGGCGGCAGUUCGCAUUCCGUGGAUCUAUCUGACUAAUGCCAGCACGACAGAGACGAGGCAAGCCACUGAAAUCCAAGCCUGCAGUAUCUAUGCUCAGUGGAUACCAGUGUACGUUUGGUAUGAACCAAGGACCACUGACCAGGUCUCCUACUUCACCCAAGGCCAAUUGCCAAGUACCUGUCUUGACAUACCGCGUGCUCCCAGCGUCGACAGCCCCAUCCGCAAUAUGACCAUCGAUCAACAGUAUGCCGAUGCUAUUAACCAGCCGAUACCCUUCACCCAGGGAAAUGUACCUGCAAUACAGGCCAUGCUUAACCAGUUGGUCUUCGAACAAGGCGUCGUUGCACCCACAAACCAGACCGGCUAUGCCUUCAAGUCCCCACUUGUAGUCAACGCCAACGGCAGCAACUACAUUCAAACUACGGACGAUGAGGUCAGAAAGAGUAGAGCAACGGUAAUAUCCACCAUGCUCGCUGGAGUCAUUACAGAUGGCCUCGCACGUAUAGCCGGGAACGGUAUCUAUCCUUACUCGGCUGCAAUGUUCCUGACGAAUAAAACGGAUUCCUCGGGCGGACUGGUCGGACGGUUCGUUGUCUCAUCGGCAAAAGGUGGACAAGACGAGUCUUUGAAUGCCACCUCGGCAGAUCUCAACGAUUGGCUCCGUAUUGACCCCGAGUUUUCUCGGUAUGGUUACGGGUACCGGUACCAGGGCUCAGGGACGGCACAGUUUGGAAUUGUGAUACUCUUGAUCCACGUUGCCCUUGCUGCCAUGCACACCGCGUUCAUCCUGUACAAAGUACUUGUCGCGAGGGAAGGCUUGGUCGGCUCCUGGACAACUGUCGCAGAACUUCUCACUUUGGCGUUGAACUCAAGUCCAUCGUCGAGGCUUCAGAAUACGUGCGCAGGAGUAAGCGCAGCGAAGACAUGGCGGGAAGAAAUCUCUGUGAGGGAGAUAAGUAAUGGGCACCUUGGGCUGGUGGUUGGCCCAGAGGAAAAGUCUCGUUACAAAUUACCACAAGCUGGUCUUACUUAUGGGCAUUUGAUCGACUGACAACAUCCUUUCCGCCAUGUUGGGCUUGUGACACUGAAGCUGAGUGAUGUGGUGACGGUUUCUGGAUGAUAUUCUCGGGUUAGUGGCUGAUCACUGCAAUACUAAAGAUGCCCUGAGAAUUUGAUGUCCGGCUCAAGAUCACGGUGUCUCAGUUCCACUCCCAUUGAUGCUACUACGAUAGCACACAUACCUCGAGAUGCAUAGGCCUAAGGCAAGGACUAAACGUACGUGGGCCAGGGGAUCGAGCUUGGAAGAAGUUGAAAACUGCUGCGGCAACGCAUUCUCGUAUGAUUGGCGACCAUCAGCUUUGCGCCAAGCGCGAGAUACAUCCUGAGCUG